ACCAAAACGACGCGGUUUCAAACAACAACAAAAAAGAAAAACAAACAAACAAGUGGGAUAGCUGAGCUGAGCUCCGGGCGGCAACCUCCUCCUCCUCUCUCUCAUCAUCUUCGUAAGAGAAAUGGCGAGGGUUCCUUGUGACUUGAGAUUUCUUCUCAUACCGGCAGCUUUCAUGUUCAUUUACAUCCAGAUGAGGCUUUUCCAGACGCAAUCACAGUAUGCAGAUCGCCUCAGUUCAGCUCUCGAGUCAGAGAACCAUUGUACUAGUCAAUUGCGAUCCCUCAUUGAUCAAGUAAGCACUAAACAGUCCCGGAUUCUCGCUCUCGAAGAUUUGAAGAACCGCCAGGACCAACAACUCGUGCAGCUUAAAGAUCUUAUCCACACCUUUGAAAGUAAAGGGAUAGCAAAGCUCACUCAAGGUGGACAGGGGCCUCUGGCAGCUGUUGUGAUUAUGGCCUGCAGUCGUGCUGACUAUCUUGAACGCACUGUCAACUCUGUUUUAAAAUAUCAAAGUCCCAUUGCUUCAAAGUAUCCUCUCUUUAUUUCUCAGGAUGGAUCUAAUCAAGCCGUCAAGAGCAAGUCUUUGAGCUAUACUCAACUAACGUAUAUGCAGCACUUAGAUUUUGAACCAGUCAUCACCGAAAGGCCUGGCGAAUUGAUUGCCUACUACAAAAUUGCACGUCACUACAAGUGGGCACUAGACCAGUUGUUUUACAAACAUAAAUUUAGUCGAGUGAUUAUACUAGAAGAUGAUAUGGAAAUUGCUCCAGACUUCUUUGAUUACUUUGAGGCUGCAGCUCGUCUCAUGGAUAGGGAUGGAACCAUUAUGGCUGCUUCAUCAUGGAAUGAUAAUGGCCAGAAGCAGUUUGUGCAUGAUCCCUAUGCACUUUACCGAUCAGAUUUUUUUCCUGGCCUGGGGUGGAUGCUGAAGAGAUCGACUUGGGAUGAGCUAUCACCAAAGUGGCCAAAGGCUUAUUGGGAUGAUUGGCUGAGAUUGAAGGAAAACCAUAAAGGCCGCCAAUUUGUUCGACCAGAAGUCUGCCGAACAUACAAUUUUGGUGAACAUGGGUCUAGUUUGGGACAGUUUUUCAGUCAGUAUCUGGAACCUAUAAAGCUAAAUGAUGUGAAGGUUGACUGGAACGCGAUGGACCUGGGAUACCUGACAGAGGGAAACUAUACCAAGUACUUUUCUGGCUUAGUGAGACAAGCACGACCAAUUCAAGGGUCUGACCUUGUCUUAAAGGCUCAAAAUAUAAACGGCGAUGUUCGUAUCCGGUAUGAAGACCAAGCAGAGUUUGAACGCAUUGCAGGGGAGUUUGGCAUAUUUGAAGAAUGGAAGGAUGGUGUGCCCCGAACAGCAUAUAAAGGAAUAGUUGUGUUCCGAAUCCAGACUACUAGACGUGUAUUCCUGGUAGGCCCAGAUUCUGUGAUGCAGCUUGGAAUUUGAAAAUCCUGAUGCAAAACAAAACACAUAUGAAAGCAAAGGAAGAUCAUUUUGACCACAGGCAGCCUUUCUUCAAACAGCUGUUUGCACUUUCUGGCUGUAUAAUUCAAGGAUGAGUUUGUAGACAGGGGGUGGUUUAACUUAACAGCUAGAAAGCUCUGGUGACCUGUGUCAUAGGUUUUAAAGUCAAGGGAACCCACUCCUUUAAAGGAGCAGACUUAAAACACAUUUCAGUCGUUAUAUAACCUGAUUGUUUUGUUGGUUGGUUGGUCUUACACGAACGCAAAAUCGUUAUA